UCUCCUCCUUCCUGUCCCCAUACUCAUUCUGGUAAAUUUAGUGAGGAAUGAGUAGGCCUACAGUAGGCUAGCUCGUAUAUUGAGGAAGAAUGUAUGACCUGUCUUCCGGACAUCCAAGCAAUAGCUUUGAGUCAAGAACACCGUCACACAAAAGGUUCAUAUUACCUUAGUCUGAGGAUUCCCACAUUCCUAUCCACACCAAAUAUAUUUUGGUUUUGAGCUAUCAGAUGCGUUUUGCAACGCUUCUUGUUUAUGUCGACAAGUGUCCGUCGUGUCUAUAAUCUAUUUGGGUCAGAACCUAGCGGGGAUCGAAUGACGCGCGCGGUGAUAUUGUGCAACCUUCAUCAACAGCAAUUGACAAUGUCAAAAUAAAUAAACUGUAAAAUAGUCAUGAAAUGGGAUCAAAAUACCUGCCAACGCGCCAGACAUCCAGUUUUGCUGCGAAGCCUUUCAAAUAAACAUAUUAGCGCAGGUGUCACAUAUCGGUAGUCUACACUUUGGCUACACUUUUACAUUUACAUUUACGUCAUUUAGCAGACGCUCUUAUCCAGAGCGACUUACAAAUUGUCAACAAUUAAGAGUAGCUUGGAGUCACAAGACGAAAUCUGCCAAGCACCCCAAAGCGGAGUAGCAACAGGGGUGCCAAUUGGCUGCGCUGAAAUAGCUAUGUAAACACUUUCCCUCUCUCCAUUGCUUUGUAAUUAUAGCCAGGAUGCUAGUGACGACAGUCGUGCUAGAAUACAUUUGACAUUAUGAUACUUGAUCCUGGCUCCAGUGACGCGACGUAAAUACCACGCGCACUAUAAAGGCAGGGUCCCCCUCUGGAACAGAAGUUGUUUACCCUGGGAAAAAAGCCACCUGCUCCGGACUUAACCCCGCUGCCUAGGCGUGACAAGAGAGGGCUCCUUUAAAUACAAUCCGCGGGACUUUACGUGCUAGAGUGGAGGCAACCGAAAGGGUGAGCUGUGGAAGAGGGGAGCACAACCGCUACCCGGCAGACAUACACACACCUUGCGAGCUAAAGAGAGGGUCACGGUGAAGACCUUGGCUAGACUAAAGUCUAAUUUUCUGCCAUUUAUUUAUUAUAAGUAUCUGCCACUGCAAUAAACCCCCAGCAAUUACCAAUGAAAUCGUCAAGGAAAAUAUUGCACAGCCAGUUUUCCUUCAACAUUUCAACACGUUGGUGACCCCAUCAAGACAGAAAGACAAAACGCUAGGAAGUUGAAACAGAAAAAGACAGGAAGUUAGGCAGUUGAAACAGAAGAAGAAGUUGUGUUGGAAAAAAAGAAAGUUGUGACAGGAAGUAAGAAGCUGCUGCAGGAAGUGGCCCAAAAUGGCGGCCAUCGAACUGCAGCACGGUCUGGAGCGGUCUGGGAGGGGCUGGGGAACAGAGAGGGGGGAGCUUCUGGACAGCUUCGACUCAGAGAUGCAGGAAUGGGAGGACCAGCUGCAGGACAUGCAGAGGAAGAUAGAGGAGCUUUACAACGAGGUGCAGGCUCGUAGAGGCGGAAAUGAUGUCACCAUGGACAACAGCAAAAAUGAUAGGAUGAUUGAUUUCGGACCUGGGCACCAUGACAACGGCUUCUGUGACCCAUAUGGCAGCCACAGCAAUGCCACCAAGGACCACCCCAGUGCUGUAGACGUGCCAAAUCACUGUAGCAAUGGUUUUAAUCACGGCCCCAACGGUUACAGCUACCCUGUCAACCAUCAGAAUGACGGCUAUGGUUAUCCCCAUAGCCACAGUGCGGUGGAACUUGGAGACUUGUUGCAGGAUUAUCUUGGACAUGGUCACGGAAAGACCCGGAAGACCAACUCAGCUCUCAACAAUCAUCUGAAAGAGAUCACCAAAGGGAGCCAGGAUCAGUCUGUACACCAGGAUGAGAUGAAGAGGAGGCCUGUUGGGAAUGAAAGGAUUAGUCAGGUGCGGUUUGCGGACGAGGAGGCUGAGAACAGGAAGAACAGUGUAUCACACAGAAAGAGUUCCCCUUGCAGGGACCUUAACAAGGAGAACACAGGGGCCAAGCCCCCCCUCAGACAGAGAGAAGGUCCUCCCAUACCCCCCCGAUCCACCUCCCAGAUGGCCCCUCCCGACACCUUCUCCCCAGCCCUGGACAGGAAGUCCAAUGCCCCUGGGGUCCUUGUGGACAAGAAGUGUGGUAGCCCCUCGGUCCUCAGGAAGUUUGGGGCCAUGCUUCAGGAGAAUGAGGGCAAAACCCUCACCGAGACCGGUGUGGUGACCAACCAGGUGCCUACCGAGAACAAGUGCCCCACCCCCGUCUGUCAGCGCAAAGGGCUGGGCGGCAGCAGGACGACCGGGCGCGUGCCUGUCCGGAAAUGCCAAGCAGAUUCCGUCGUGCUGACAGGGAGGAUGGACUCCAGCCAAGAACGAGGGGCAGUGAGAGACUUUAGGAGAGAGAGCCAGCUGGGUGAGGGUAGAAGCACCUCAAUGGGUAGCUAUGCUCACCCUAAAGGACUCCAGGCAGGGGGUCAGAGGAGGUCCCAGGUAGGAGGCAGCCCCAAGCCCAAAGCAAGGGCCCUCGGAAGGGCAGACAGAGACAGAGACAUGGGUCUGGUCCAGGGGGAGAGGGCCAGGAGGCCUGCACCCCAGCCUGGGGAGCCCAGAGUGGACUACAGAAACCUGAGUGGGUCCCAUGUUGGGGCUCAGAGGAUCCAGAGGAGAGGGCCAGUUGCAGAUCAGAAGAAGGAUGAUGGACUCAUUGAGCUACUGGAUAUGCUGGACAUCGAGCACGAGUACAGCUCCUGCCCCCAAGCCGCACAGACUGCCUAUAGACAGUACACACAGCAGAUGAGUCUAGCUGAGUCGUCCCCAGCAACCCCCACAAGGAACUUCUCUCGUCCUGCUCGCCCAGCCAAUCAACGUCCUCCAUCCAGGUGGGCUUGCUGUGCCCCCACCGCCUUGAUCUCUGUCCCCUCCGGUCCAUUGUCCCGCCCCCCAAGCACCUUGGCACGCACCCCUAGCCCCAUAGCAAGAACCCCAAGCCCUGCCCUGAAACAGCAAUCUUUCUGCUCCUAUUUGCUCCACACUGAGACUGCCAUCAUGUGAGAGACACAUGCCCCGCCCCCUCUAAACCCUGCCUCCCCUACCCCAAUUCAACACACAGGACCCAGAUGACAUUGUCCUGCCCUCUCUGUAAAUACUAAAGACUGUUCUUUCUAUCUGGCUUUAAAAAAAAAGUGCUUUAAGAGAUGUUCUAUGAGAUUACUCACAUGACUGUAUAUGUGUGGUCUAUAAGAAACAAAAUGGUUGACUCCUGAUCAGUCUCCAGUGUUACUGUGGCCUUCCCUUCUCCUGUGCCAAACAUAUUUUACUUCUUAAUUUCUCUCACUCUCUUAACUUUUCUUUCUUUCUUUCUUUCUCUUUCUUUCUUUCUUUCUUUCUUUCUUUCUUUCUUUAUUUAUUUUGUAUUUGUGAUUUUUGGAUGGCUGUGUAAAAUGCGAUAUAGCAUGCCCCCCUUACUUGCGGGUGCAUGUCCCUUUAUGUAUGUAUGUAACUCAACCCUAAUAAGUGCCAUGUUGGCUUGUUUUUAAAAUGGCCAACAAGUCAAGUGAGAGUUGAUCCUGUCCUGUCAGCACAGAAGCAACAUGCUAACUGUCUAUAGUAUGUUUUACUGUAUCAUAUUAUCAAAGUAACGCAUUUGAAAAUGUUCAAGUAACCAUAGUGAGACAUACAGUUAUGACUAUGUCAUGCUUUUGCUGUCCUUUUUUCUCUCUUGAUAAUAAAUAAACACAACAGUGCUUUGACAAA